AGAGGAUGAGAAGGACUGGUUUUGCCGCCUAGCUGACGUUCGCUUGCUUUUUUUUUCUUUUAGACAUAUAAAUAACCUCUCUGAAAACUCAUUAUAGUACACUAUAGCGUGCUUUAUGCUCUCGCGCCAUUCACACCGACCUGAACGUAAUGGAGGCUGAGAAGGACAGGAUAAAGGAGCAGCUGAGGCUCCAGUUUCAGACCCUGCAGGAACAGCAGGUGCAGCUUCUUCAUGAGCGGCUGGAGAAAAAGAAACAGAUCUCUUUUGAGAAGGACGAGAUGAGCUCGAACGGCCAGGAGAGUCUGGACCUGUUUGGGGACGAGGAGGACAAAGGGGACUCGCUGCUGGUGCAGUCUACCUCCAGCUCCAGACUGCUGAAGAAGGAGAACGAUCAGCUCCAGGAGCGGGUCAGGGAGCUGCGGGAUGAGAACGGACGACUCCAUAAACUCCUGAGUGAGAAGGAGUUUGAGAUCAAGUACCUGAAGAAGAAGAGGGAGGAGGACAGGAUGGCUUUAGUAGGCACAGUAGGACUGGCAGGAGAUGCGGCAGCAACCAAGAUCGUGGAGCUUUCGAAGAAGAACCGGGAACUCUCAGCAGAGAUGGAGAGAGAGAAAGCCAAGAGCAAACAGCUGAACAACAGAGUGAGAGAGCUAGAGAGAGAGCGGCAAGAUACAGCAGUAUUCAGUAAUGGAGUGAAAGCAGACCACAAAUUGGGCCUGAGGAGCUCACAGCAAGAGGCUACUCCGCUGGUGAAGUCUCUACAGGAGAAACUGAACACGGCCCAGUUUAAAAUGAGUGAAUACCGAAACCAGAUCCAGGCUCUCAGACAGGAGCUGAAGGUCGCACAGAAGGUUCUGAGCGGUGAGGUCGGGGAGGACGUGUGUAUUCAGCAGAUCCUCGGUAAUCCAGGAAGCUGGAGAGGACGAGCGCAGCAGAUUCUGGCCCUGCAGAGCCGAGUGAGGGAUCUGGAACAGCAGCUGAGCUCGGCAUCCAACAGGAAGCAGCCGGGAGAAUUCAGCCCGGAGCAGUGCAACCUGGGAAAGGGAGUCCGCCAGAGGAACCAGGACAAGAACCAGAGCUAUAUCCGCACCCUGGAGAGAGACAGGAAGGAGGCGCUGGAGAAGCUGAGUGUGGAGUAUGAGCUCAUACUGAGUGAACACGCUGAGGUGAAGAAGAAGCUGGAGAGCAGCAAAGCAAGGAAUCACAUCCUGACUGCCGAGCUGAAAACCCUCAAAAGUCAACUGUCAACACUGACCGAGAAGGGUCGUCAUGACAACGAGCUCAUCGACGCAAUGCUGAAGCAGCAGGCUCACCUGCAGGCUGUGUUGAGUCAUCUGGGUCAGAAAGAGGGGCCACGCGAAGAUACAGAGCAGAAGCGGGACCUACAGGAGGCUCAGAGACACAAUGACCUGAUAGCACAACUCAAACUGAUGGUGAAGGAGAGAGAGGAGAAAGUUCAGGAGCUCGAGCAGGAGAUCCAGCAGCUCACACUCACCAAACAGGAGGCAGGAGAUACGAAGGUGAACAUUAGCCACGCCGACCUGAUGGUUAAUGAAGAAGGAAUCAGGAGGUCCAGCUCUGCCAGGUCAGUCUCAAAACUGGGACACAGACUAGUUGAGUCAGCUCUGACACUGUCUCCUGGAAACACCACUGAUCUCAGAGAGCAGUCAGAGGCAGCAUGCUCUGCGUGUGCUGCUCUGCAGGUGCAGUGUUCAGAGUUUAAAGCUCUGUGUCAGGCGGCUACCGUGGAGAGAGACCGACUGCUGGAGCUCACUAAAGUUCAACAGAGGAGAGAAGUAGAGGAGAUUCAGAAGUGUGCAGAGGCCGAGCAGAAGCUUCGGGAUGAGCGGCGCCGCUGUGUAGUUCUGGAGCAGCAGCUGCAGAGACUGAAGCUAGACCCUGAAAAAGCACAAAGAGUCAGUCGCAGCAUGACAGGUAGCUUAAAUGUACAUGAGAAACAGGAGGGUCUUUCACCCCGAAGAGCUGUGGAGUCGAUGCAUGACGCUCAGAUCAGUGAACUCAGUACACGAGUUGCUACCCAGAAGGAGGAGCUGGAGGGUCUGAGGUCAUCUUUGAAACGAGUCAUGCAGGCUAAAGAGGAAGACCUGCAGCUCUACAGCACCAUGAUCAGCCAGGUCAAGCAAGUCUUCCUUCAGGCUCUCCGGCAGCACAAACAGAGCUCAAAUCAGGAACUGUAGCACAGGAGUCUACCUAUCCAUCAGAUGUGAACUCCUGGAGACUCAGAGCAUCUAGGCUACAAAUCCUAGCAGUCUAUAUGAGAUUUUACUUUCCAUGGCCAGGAUUUUAGCAUCUAGGCUCCAAAUAUUAGAAAUUUGUCCUGGAUGUUAUCUAGAUGCUCUAGAUCGUGUUGUGGAAAACAAUCUUUCCAGCCUAAGUCAAAAAACUUCAGAGACAGAGAGUUAGUAGAUGUCAAAAAGUAGAUAAACUUUAUUGAAACAAUAAUGUGAGACAGUCUGCAGAAAGUCCAAAUUAUGCAAACACACACAGCCCUUUUUAUACCUUUCUAUACAUUUCUUCAGAGUGAAAGGUACUCUUCUCAUCUUAGGUGGGGUUUUGCCUUUCCUCAUUAAAACAGACCAAUCUUCUUUGCCACAAUUAAAUAUUCAUGUCUAUGUGUUAUCUUAAACUUGUGGAGCAUGAGCAGUUAGUUGUUUUUCUUCAUAAGGUUUCACGAGGACAUGGUUUCUUCUUUUUUUUUAAAAAAGGUUUCACUCAGGCUGAGUCCUGACCUUGAUCCACACUCGCCUUUUGUUUAAGUCUUAUCCUAACUCGUGAGUUGGUAUCUGCCUCAAAGUUAUCUGCUUCUGUGGAGGAAGAUACAGGCUGGUACAGAAAGAACAAUUAUUGUGUUAUUGUUCAGUAAAACACAGAAUUCAUCUAACUCGGUCCACACUCAGAAUAGAACUUGAUCAAACAUUGUUCUAAGGAUUCAGAUUAUGCUUCUAACUAUUGAUUAUACAUAUAGAUUCUGCUUUUUAACUCCUAUUGAUUAUUCGAUUAUGCUUAUGUAAUAAUUCUAAAUGUUGGUUAUACAUAUUGAAUACACUUCAUUAACAUAUCCAAAUGUUAGUUACACAUAUUGAUUAUACUUCAUAAAUAUUUUCUAUAAUCGUA